AAACGGUAAAUUAAUAUUGGCAUCGCCUCACGAGAAUAUAUAUACGUGUGUUAGAGAGGUGGUCUUCAGUAGCAAAACCAUGGGAGAAAUUGCACAGCUCCAAGGCCGGAUAGUGAGCGCCACCGAGCACGGCUGGUGCCAUGCCGUGCGCGGGGGCACUGGCAUAGCAGUCCUGGCCAUCCUUACUUCCAAGUCUCCGGAAAUUCCACAUUUCGAAAAUGCCCUGAAAAAACUUCAAAAUUCUCACCCCACCCUCAAGUGCAAGCUCCAUUCACAUACCAAAUCUAGUAGAAGCACCUUCUCCUUGUUAACAUCUCCUCCUAAUUUCAUUAAAGUCAAACAUUUUGACCUUUCAUCAACUUUUAAAAUUCUAGAAAACAUUUCAGGCUCAGAGAACCAAAAUCUCUCUCCUUUACAUGUACUUCUUGAACAUGAACUUAACCUAAACCCAUGGGUUAAAAACUCUGAUAAUGGCAUUUAUGAUAUGUUCUUUGCUACGACUUAUGCCCUUCCCAACUCAAAGUGGGUGGUGGUUCUUAGGCUUCAUGGGGUAGGAUGUGACCGGACCACCGCCAUUUCUUUGCUAAGAGAGUUGCAGGUGGUGCUGGUUCAGGAGGGGGAGGGUGGAUCAGGCGGAGGCGGACGGGUAGAAAUGCAAAUAGAGAAUAAAGGGAAGAUUUGUUUAGGAAUGGAGGAUCUGAUUCCUGAUGGUAAAGUUAAGAAGACUAUAUGGACAAGAGGAGUUGACAUGCUUGGUUACUCAGUUAAUUCACUUGGAUUAACAAACUUAAAAUUUAAAGAUGCAAAAUCACCAAGAUCUUCUCAGGUAGUGAGGUUGCAGCUGAACCAAGAUGAUACUCAGAAGAUUAUUGCUGGUUGCAAGUCGAAAGGGAUUAGACUAUGUGGGGCACUGGGAGCAGCCGGACUCAUAGCUGCACAGAGGUCUAGAAGCCGUAUAGAUAAACACAGGAAAUAUGGAAUUGUUACUUUGAUCGACUGCAGAUCUCUUCUUCAACCACCUCUUUCCCCUCACCAAUACGGGUUUUACCACUCAACCAUAUUGAACACACAUGUGGUAAAAGGAAAGGAGAAACUAUGGGAACUAGCUGAAAAAGUGUACACGGAAUUCACAAACUACAAAAAUGACAACAGGCACUUCACAGACAUGGCAGAUCUUAGCUUCUUAAUGUGUAAGGCAAUUGAUAACCCUAGCUUGACACCUUCAUCUUCUUUAAGAACAUCAAUAUUGUCAAUUUUUGAGGACACAGUUAUACACAAUUCUGAUGACAAGGGAAAAGAUGUUGUUGGUCUAGAAGACUAUAUGGGUUGUGCCUCUGUUCAUGGCAUUGGACCAUCCAUUGGAAUAUUUGAUACCAUUAGAGAUGGAAGGUUGGAUUGUUUAUGUGUCUACCCGUCACCAUUGCAUUCAAGGGAUCAAAUGGAAGAGUUUGUUGAAAAAAUGAAGAGUGUUCUUGUGGAUGGUGCCAACCAUAUAUAACUGGAAAAAUAUUCACUUGCAUGACAGAUUCUACUUCAUUCAAAAUAAGUAUUUUUAUAUUAGAACUUUAAAAAGGUAUGUGCGUGUGAGCUAAUAGGCAAGGGAGCAAAUAAUCUCAAUUCAGCUUAUAGUCUGGUUAGACAGAUUCAAGAUCUGAAGGCUGGCUUCUUAUGCUUCUACGUUGGGAUUGGACUUUCCUGCUUAUCAUCAUCCUCCUCUUUGACUGCAUCAAUGAUAAUUCAUAAUAUUGCUGGUGUGGCUUAUCAUCGAUGGUGUAAUAGCUAGUUUUCUUUUUUCUCACUUUUUCUACCAAAAAAAAAAUAAAAAUUUCAUGAAUUGGAAUUGGAUAGUGCAUGCGUCUGGUUUACACAGGGAAGGAAACUAUUGUGGAGAUUGUGUGGCGGAUCUUGGAGGAACUCGGCCCUUUGCAACAAUAUUGUGUUUGAAGAGCCCCCUCAGGAAUUCAUAGCUUACUUCUUCAUGAUAUUAGUAAAGUUUCCCACCCUAGAUAUGUCUGUUAUAAUUAUAAUUUUUCUUCCUUUUGACAAAAGAAAAAAAAAAAAAGAAAAGAAAAGAAACAAAAAGAAAUUAGAACU